AUGCGUAUAAAUCCACAAUUGAAUGCUUCCGAACCAAUCGCUGAGUCAGUUGCGCUUGUCAAUCUUUCUUUGAACCACGACAAUAAGCGUGUUCGUCCAAUUGAGAAGGCUUAUCAUGAUUCAAGUUCCGUAUUAUAUCCACAGAAACCUAUACCAGUCGAGUGGAACUUUAGAAACACAUCUCAGGGAGGCUCAAUACUUGAGGACCAGUCUCAAGAUAUAACAAGUGCUUCUCUGGACCUGGUUGAGAAAGCAAAUCUCCCUGGGGAGUAUGUCGUUGUGGAAUUCGAGCCACUAAUGGAAGCACCAUUGCUAAACUAUUCAUACGAUCCGUUCGAUUUUUCUUGUUUACCUCCUUCCAAGCCGACAUGGACGUUGGCGGGACCGUUUUGCGAUACACAAGUUGCUCCAACUGCUGACGAAUCCAUUCUUUUGCAUUAUUUACAGAGUGAACAAACUUUGCUGAAGAGUAAAAACUAUAGCUGGUGGAUGUAUGUUAGAUCGCUACUUUUUGAUGUGAGUGAAGAGAUUUACUACCGCCUAUAUCCUGUGGCUACCAUUUUCCACGAAUCAGAUAGCGUAUUCGUCGAGGUGCUUCGCAGUAGUUUAUGA